GUGUUUGAGCAGAUGGUCUUCGCAGCCACGAAUUUUAACUCAAGCUGCCAGAUCCUGUGCGUGCCGAUGGCACAGCAGCUCCCAGUGCGGAACACUUUCAUUGAGGUGAGAACCCCAGCUGUCAUCCGGCCGCGAUCACAGACAGAUUUCGCUCCAGGUCCUGGAAGCCCCGUCACGAAGGGCGUAGGUGCCCCCGUGCUUGCUGCGGCAGCCGCAGCUCCAGCAGCUCCACCUGUCGUGCCAGUCUCCGCAUGUGCAGUGUCCAGCAUCGAGACCGUCGCAAGCAGGCGCUGCUCUGUCAUUCGAACCCCAGACGUCUUGUUUCCUCGCACUCCGCUGGGAUCCGUUUCAAUGGAGCCACCGCAUGGGUUCGCCUUGCCACAGGCUCUAGACGAACUUCAGAGGCGAAGGACAAGUACACUGAGUUCUGAGGCAGCUCGCGUGCAAACUAGUCAUUCAACGACGACGCGCAGAAGCUCCCUCGACAUGAUUCCGAGCACGCCUGAUAUGUACUACAGUUGGCCUGUGGACAUGAACCCGGCAGCUUUCAUGUUGCCUAGUGCUGCUCCUCCAGGUCCGGGACAGGUGGCGGCCGCACCAGUGCCUCUCUCGACGCAAUGCACGAAGCCGCAAGCACAAGCGGCGCAAGCUGCGGCUGCAGGCGCUUCCGAGCGUCUUUCGAAAGCCCCGGCUCCUCUUGGAAACCCUUCCGUCACGCCCGUUUCCUGGGAUACAUAUGCGGCAGCGGCACCACCGGCACCUACACCUUUGCUGGUUCAAGACCAGAAGCCACUUCACAACAUGCCAAUGUGGCCUCCCGGACACAUACAAUCCACAUUGCUGCCAAGCAGAUAUCCCAUGCAACAUCCACAGCAAGUGUUGGUCCUCUCCAAUUUCCUGCAGGAGGCGCCUCCAAAAAUGGACGAGCUGUCCGCUGCGCACGCAGAUCCACAGCUCUAUGAUUCCUCGGCAUUGCAACCUGCCAGUGGUGUCACAACGCUGAUGCUUCGAAAUAUUCCGGUGACCUUCAAUCGGGAGGCACUCUUAGCAGAUUUUGAU